GAAUACAUUAUUCAAAGAAGGACUGAAGGCUUAAAAAGGAGAUGUUGAGUUGAUUGAUUGAUGUUUAUUUAGGUAAUACACACUCAAUAUACCAUUUUGUUCUACAGAUUCAGUAGAUCAGAUGCUAACAUUAAGCAGUUCUUGAAAAUAUAUCACAUAAACAAUGCAUAGUUCUAAAAUACUGGCCAUAUUCUUAAAACAUCUAAGAGACAUUUUCUAACUUACACGUAAGUCGAGUUCAAAGUGCCUUUAAUAUUAAAGUUUAUUUUUUAAGCUCAAUGAAAAUAAUGUAUGAUUCAGGAAAGUGACUUAAGUCAGGAAAUGACUUAAGAAGCUUUAUAAAUAACGACCCUGCAGAUAUAACAAUGCAACAAAAUAUUCAAUGCAGUUUGAGACUGAAAAGAGGAAAUUCUAGUUGAUUGGACCAAAUUUGUUGAAUCCACUCAAUUGGGACUUAUAAAAAGUAUCAUUUUUAUAUCACAUAAUGAAUGUGUUGUGGAUGGAAUGAUGAGCAAUGACCUCGAGCUUGGUAACAACACAUUAAUUGUCAAUAAUAACAUUUAAUGUCCAAAAUUCAAAUUACUGUGCCCAUGGUACUUUUAAUGGGAAGUCAAUGUGCACGAGAUUAGAAGUGUUUAUUAUGGUUUUAUGUAACCUGACAUGCUAAAUUAUUUUCGUAGGGUUCCAUUAUAUGUAAAUAAGCCUAAGCUAAGGCGGCUUUCAAAAAAUAUUUUGUAUGAAAUCUUUCAUUGAAGAUGCAUAAGUCAUUGGAGCUCAACAAUUCCAAGACAAGAAGUGAAAUUCGUUCUCUUUCUGGGAAGUUACAUGAACUGCACACCAGGACAGAGAAGAAACACAUUCCAGCUACAGAGGCUGGCAGUGAGGGCAAUGUACAGCCAGAUAUUGACAUCAUCAGGGCCAGGUGUAAGCAGCUGGAGGCAGAGAUAGCUGUCACAAAGACACCGGAAUCCAUUAUGUUACUUCCCAAUGACCCUGGUGUGCGGUUCAAUGAAUUGUGUGCAGACACAGAACAGCGGAUCUCCCAGUACAAGGAGUGUGUUGACUUCCUCUCUGCACAGUGUUCAGACAUGCACCAGGAAUAUGAGAGGGAGUGUAAGCAGAGAGAAGAGUUGAGACUCAUCAUUAAAGCUGCAGAGGCCAAACUAACAGAAACAGACUCACACAAUCUCUCACAUGCCGAGGUCUGUGACAGAGUUCAGACAAAAUUAAAGAAAUUGAAAGACACGGACAAAGAAAAGAAAAAGCAAAUGGUAGACUUUCUUGACAGAAAAUUUCCACUUCCUGAUCAAGUGACAUUUAACAGAGUUAAAAAGAAGUUGGGUAGCGAGGAGAGGGGAGGACAGCUACAGACACUGGCCGACCUUCUGCCACUCAAGUCCAUCAUAGAUAUGUUGAUGAAGGCGUGUAUGAGCAGUCCAAACAACCCAUACAUUGUGGUUGACCACCGGUUCUGGCCGCUGUAUGUCGAGUUCCUCCUGGUCUACGGCAUCGCAGUCCUCCACCCUGACGACUCACAGCGCAUCAAGCUCACGCCCUUUCACCUCUGACAGUGUAAAAAUCUGAUGUUUGCUUUAUCUUAAUAGCAAAAUAUGCUGUGCUCAGUGACACAAGUUUGAUGAUAAAUGUGAAAAGGGACAAUUACAACAGACAUUUUUGAGAUAGAGUUGUUAAAUGUAUUGUGCAAUAAAUGAUAAUAUUUAA